AUGGAUCUAAGAAAAAUUGAUUUAUUCUCCUAGUCCUUCUAAUUUAAUGUUGGUGGCUAAUAAGUUAAAAAAGGAACAAAAGCGGGUGCUCUUCUUACUAUUGCUAUUUUGUUUUCCACACUAAUUUAUUUUAUUUACCUUUCAUAUCAGUAUUAUAGUAACUAAAUUGAUCCAAAAUUUAGAGCUUAAAGCUUCAUAACUGAAGAUACCACAGAAGUCGAAUUGCGUAAUGAUCUUGUAGGAUUUAGAUUUGAGUAUAACGUAAAUACUAGCAUUGAUUCUUUAUAAGCAUAGCAAAAUUUAACAUAUUUAGUGUAUUAUGCUUAUUUUUUGUACUAAAAUUAAUCUCAAUUGUAACAGAUUCCUGUAAAUAUAAUAAAAUGCACUAAUUAAGAGUUAGAAGGGUAUAAUUGCUUAGACUUUUCUUCUAUAUCAAACUAUACCUUGAUGCUUAACACAAGAUAGAACAUUCUUUCUCAAAUACUCAUUUACACUUAUGGUUGCUAUGAUAUAGAUUCUGUUAAGUCUACUGUCCCAAAUAAUUGCGCUAAUCAAACUGAUAUUGAUAAUAUGAUUAAUGGAGAAUAGGCUUAAUUUCGUGUGAAGUUAUUCACUUCAUAAUAUAAUACUACAUCUUAAUAGGUCUAAGUUAAUUACAGGAAUGCUUAUAUAAUCUUAUUAUCUGAUCAAUUUACUUUGAUAACUUUAAAAGCUUAAAAGUAAAUGACAAACAUUAAGGAGGGAUUUUUAAUAUAGUCAGAAAAGGAAUUUUCAUCACCUAUUGAGUAUUCGUUAUCAAAUCAAGGCUUUGAUAGAAAUUUUUCAUUAUCAGAAACAUAUUAUGAUCCUUACAUUCAAAUUACGUUGGUGAUGGAUGAAAUUAUCUAGUAGUUUUAGAUUUAGUAUCCCACUUUUCCAGAAAUUAUAUCUCUUGUUAAUGGAACAUUUGCGCUACUCAUGACUCUAGGAAUAAUUGGAAGAUUUCUUGCUAAGAAAUAAUUAAAAGAAGAAAUAUAUUUAAUGUUUUUGUAAAAUAUGUAUAAUGACACUUAUGAGUAGCUGAUUUAAGCAAACAAAAUUUUUGAAUAAAAAGAAAGAAUUUGUUUAGAUACUUAAAGUAAGAAAUAUAAUGAAAACGUUGAAGAGUACAUAGAUACUAUAGAUUCACCAAAUUUAGCAGCUCGAAAAUUUUCAACAAAAUUAAAAUAGAGUGUAGAGGCUUCACCUAAAAUUAAUGAGUUUUCAGAUUAACUAUUUAAAAAGAAGUUAGAAACAGAAUUUUAAGAAAAUUAAAUAUUCUAAACAUAAUUAAAAAAAACUAAUUCUGUUUUUAGUUUUGCUAAUACUGAAAAUGAAUAAGAUCUAAAUAAAUAAAAUUUUGUUCGUUAGUUUAAACUUGAUACUGAUCCUUAAUCAAGUAAACGUGAUUCAAUUGUAGAUUAAUAAUCAUAAUAGUUAAUUUAUAGCUAAUUCCAAGAAGGUGAUAAGUAAAAUCAAUAAAAAGAUUAAAAUUAAUAAGUUUUAAGAAAAUUUAGUUUAUUUUCACUCAAUUAAGAAGAUAAAGGCAUCAAUAAAAGUGCUCCUAAAGCUUCGCUAUUUAUGGAAAAAAGUAAUAAAUUAGACAUAAGUAGCACUUCUAAUUCAAUGGAUACAAAAAAAAGAGUACUUAGCAUCUCAGUAAAGAAAUCUUAAUUUGGAUAAAAAUCUCUUUCGAAUAGUACUAAGAUAUAGAGGAACAAAAACUAAGAUGUCAACGAAAUUGCUGAACACUUUAAACAAAAGUUAAAAUUACUUUCAGAUUAAAAAAUUUCAGAGAAGAUUAAGAAUACUAUAUUCAGAAUGAAAAUAUUGAAAAAGAAAUAAAGUAAUGAAUUUAAAGAUUUGGAUUUAUCUGUAAAAAAGCUGAUAGAUUCUUAAGUGAAUAAAAGCCUAGAUAUUUUGCAGGUGUAUAAAGAGAUUAUAUUUAUAAAGAAAGCUAUGAUGAUUUUACUGACAAAAGAUUAGUUAGCAGCUAUUUCUUUAGUAGGUUGUUCACCUUAUUUCUUAAGCAAAGAAUUGCUUGAAAUAGAAAAAAAGAAGUAUUAAGAAUAAAAUGAAGAGAAAAAAAAUUAUUUUGAAUAAUAACUUGCUAUUUCCUUAUCCGAAGAAUUACAAUAAAAGUAUAUCAAAAAAUUUUUAUCUAAAUGCUUAAAUAGCGAUUCAGUAAGUGAGAUUGAUUAUAGGAUAUUAUCUUCUAUUCUUAAAGGCUAAUCUAAAUAAAUAAAUUAAUGA